UCAGGUGGUGGUAAACAUGGUUUUACUACAGUAACCAAGGUUUUUUAUUAUGGUUACUUUAUUUCGUGAGUGGAUAUGUCUUUUGAAUGUUGCCUAAAAUCUUUUUUUAAUCACCACGGACAAGUGCUCGUGUCUAAGAAAUAUUACGGUAACCCCAGGUCAAUCAAAGAUAGUGCGGCACUUAUCACUGUAUUUACGGUAAUAUCAGAAACAACACGGAAGCUGCGCUAACAGCGUGGAUUUCUACAAUGUUUGAGACGUGUUAUAUAAUGUAAGGUGACCAGACGUGAUUGUUCCCGGGACACCGCCUGCACAGGAUUUCAACUGCUUCCUCCGGAGGUCUGCUGGGUCUGCUCCUCGAUAAUAAUAUUAUCAGGAAUACUAAUACAGGAAUAAUUCAUAUUAUCCUACAAGUAAAGGGGCCACUGAAAGUGAUGAACUACUGAAUGAAGUUGAGGAGAAACGUCAGUGUCAGAAACCCCAGAAUCUUAUAAUGCUCAAAAUGUCUUCUGAUGGUUUACAGAAGAACAAGAUUUCCUUUUCGAAAAGAAAGCCACGAACCAAGGCAGGCAAGACUUUCACCUGCCCUCAGUGUGGAAAGAGUUUCAAGCGCAAAAGUCACCUUGAAGAUCACAUUAGAAUUCACACUGGAGAGCGGCGAUACACAUGUACUCAGUGCGGGAGGGGUUUCGGACAGAAAUCAAAUCUUGAGGCACAUAAGAGAAUCCACACCGGAGAGCGCCCGUACGCAUGUCUUCAGUGUGGAAUGAAUUUCACACAGAAAAGUCAUCACAUGGUGCACAUGAAAAUUCACACCGAAGAGCGUCAAUACGCGUGUCCUGAGUGCGGAAAGAGUUUCAAACGCAAAUAUCAUCUUGAGAUGCACAUGAGAAUACACUCUGAAGAGCGCCUGUAUGCAUGUCUUGAGUGUGAGAAGAGUUUCAAACGCAAAUCAACGCUUGAAGAGCACAUGAGAAUUCACACUGGAGAGCGCCCGUAUGUUUGUCCGCAGUGUGGAAGUGGUUUCGGACUGAAAUCAAAUUUCGAGGCACAUACGAGAAUUCACACCGGAGAGCGCCCGUACGCAUGUCUGCAGUGUGGAAAGAGUUUCACACAGAAAUGUCAUCUUAGGGUGCACGUGAAAAUUCACACUGAAGAGCGUCAAUACACAUGUCCUACGUGUGGAAAGAGCUUCAUACAGAAAUCAAAUUUUGAGAAACAUACGAGAAUUCACACUGGAGAGCAUCACUAUGCAUGUCCUCGGUGUGGAAAGAGUUUCAAACGCAAAUAUUAUUAUGAGAUGCACAUGAGAAGUCACACCGAAGAGAGCCAUUUUGAAGUGUUGUCCGAAUUCUGAGUAAACAACUAGUUCACUACUUUUUACCCACAAUGCAUUCUGAUUUGAGUGUACAUCCCAUGUUCUCUUUAAAAACAAAUACGAUAAACGUGACAAAUAAUGUAAAAAUGAACUUUACCAUUUUACAUAACAAUCCAAAAACAACACAUAAGCGUCAAGACUCAUCUCUACGACAGUGUUGUCAGAUGCAGGAUAUAUUACGUCAGUGUCACAAAUUGUUCACUCGUUCUCUUCCCCACGUAGUGGACUAUUAAGCAUUAGCUAUAAAGGGAAUAGUGAAUGAGUGAACAAGUGAGCAACGCUUUUGAUGAGCUGCCUCAGCUCUGUUUGUUAGGGGUUGGAGAUGAAAUCUUUAGGACGGUUGCAGACCCCUGGCCCAUACGCAUGUCCUCAGUGUGGAAGGAGUUUAAGACAGAAAGCUCAUCUUAAGGGGGACAUUACAAUUCACAGUAACAAGCGUUCAUGAACACGCUUUAAGCAUGGAAAGAGUUUUCACCAUCAAAUGUAGAUUUGCUGUUAAUUUCCUGACCAAGAUGAGCAGAAUUGAAUGUGUUUCUUUUCAGUUUUUGUCUUUUAAUUAUUUUUCUUAACUAUGUAACUGACUAUAGUUGCUUAUUUCUCUAUCGUGCCAUCCGGGUGAGUUCGGUUCAUCCUUCUGGUGAAAGAAGAAAUCGCUACAUUGUGCAUGUUGGCAACAAAAUAUGUGUAGUUACACAAUCCUUGUCUUUGAUUCUAUGCAGACAGGAGAUAAUGCAACAUGCACAUUAUUUUCUAAAGGCAUCAAAAGAAUGACAGACAUGUACCCCCAUUUUUCCAAUUGUCAUUACCUGUUGCAUUUUAUGAAGUGUGUGAUGACAUGCAACAGAUUUUAGCUUUAAUGUCCGUCAAUGGGAACAUUCUUUAUUACGCAAUUUAUGAGCCGUAACCUAAUUGAGUUACAGAUUAUCUUUUGCCACUUUGUAGAUCUCUAGAUGAAUUGCUUUACUCUUUGAAACUUCAGUUUUUAGAUACUUGACUCAAAUAGCAAUAUUCAGCUAUUGUAUGCUUUACUGCCACUUUGUUAAAUUGUUUUAAACAUUAUUGUUUCAUAUUUGCAGGAUUUUAUGAUUGUAUUACACUUUUCCCUUUUCUAUAAAGAAGUUUGUUUUUAAUCACACAAUAAAUUCAACAGUUUGACUUCA